UAUGAACGAGAGAGGAUUGGAAGAAUUAGCGAGGCAAACGAGAUAAGCCAAAUUAUAAAAGAAUCCACCCUCGAAGAAGGAAAAAAAAGAAGAAAACCUUGAUGAUUUUAUAGAAUAAGACAUUGAGGAUGAUGAAUAUUAUGCAAAAGAAGAUUCCUAAGAAGAAGAAGAUAUUUAAAAAUAACCUGAUAAUUAACAAUAGAUCACUUAAUUUAUGGGGAAGAAUAGAAAGAAAAAAUAGACAGGUAUAAAGUUAAGUGAUGAUGCGGAUGAUAUAGAGUAGGUAAUUCAAUAAGUAAAAGUUGAAAAAGUAAGUUUGAAUUAAGUUGUGACAAACAGUGAUGAGCUAUAUAAAGCUUAAUUCAAUUAACCUCUUAAGCCAAAAUAAAAAUAAGAAUUUAAAGAGGAAGAUCUUGAUGAAAUUGUGAGCCUUUUGGAGAGUUAAAGAGAAAGAGAAAUGCAACUAAAAAUGGAAUAAUAAUAGGUUAAAGCAGUGCAAUAAAAAUAAUUACCAAUUCAUAGAUAAGUGGAAUUGAAAGUAGAGAUUCCAUAAAUGAAGAAUGAUUAAUCAACAAUUAGUAUGAACUAAAUAAUUAAAGGAGAAAGAGAUAUAAUGGAUAUUGUUGAAAAAAAUGGUUCAAUAUUAUUGUAUUGGAUUGAUAUUUAUGAAGAUUAAAUGAGAUUUCCAGGAAGUUUAUUUGUAUUUGGUAAAGUAAAGAACUAAAAACUAAAUGUUUAUGAUUCAUGUUCAUUGUAUUUUGAAGAUUAUCGCAAAACAAUAUAUUUAUCUUAUGAAAAUGGAAAAUAUUCAGAAUAACAAUUAAUAUAAGAAUUAUAAGCUUUAAUGAAAAAGUAAUUAGGAUUAGGAUAAAAAGAUUAUACUUAUUAAUUUGUUGAUAGAUAAUAUGCAUUUGAAAUAGCUGACAUUUCAACAAAUUAAUAAUAAUAUUUAGAAGUUUCAUAUACUCUUAAACAUGGAUCAUAAAUGCCAGUUAGAAUUGAUAAUCCAAUAUUUAAAUAUGCAUUAUAAUCAACUUAGACAUUAGUAGAAUAAUUUCUGAUAUAUAAUAAAGUAAGAGGACCAUGUUGGCUCUAAUUAAAAUCAUGUUAGACUCUUGAUACAAAAGAAUUUCAUUUGAAAACAUGCCAUGCUCUUUAAUUACCUUAAAAUGGAUUUUAAGUUUAUGAUGGUGAAUUACCUCUUCCAAAUUUAAAAUUAUUAAGUUUUAAUAUAACAUAAUGUAAGGUGGAUAAGGAAGAUUAAAUUAUUGCAAUUUCAUACACAGUUUAGAAUAACAUAGAUUUGAAUGAUGCUGAAAUACCUGAGUAGGUUGUUUAUUAAACUCUUGCUAGAAUGCCUUCUGAUGCUCCUUUACCUCCUGGUUAUAUAAAAGGAUAAAAUAAAUAAGUUAAAGAUUUUGAAUCAGAAUAUUCAAUGUUAUCAUAUUUUUUAUAAUAAGUAGAAUAAAUAGAUCCUGAUGGUUUAAUUGGUCAUGAAAUAUCAAAAAAAAGUAUUGAUUAACUUUUUGCUCGUAUUGCUAAAUUAAAGGUUAAUGAAUGGAAUAGGAUGAGUAGAUUACAAAAGAGAGAAUAGAUACCUAAAAGUUUAUUUUAGAGAAGCAAAUAUAUUACUAUAGGAAGAUUAAUUAUUGAUUUAUGGGUUUAAGCUAAAGAUAUGAUUAAAAGUAAUGAUUAUAGUAUGACUUAUUUGGCUAAGGAAUUUUUGAAAUAGGAUUUUUAACAAUUAGAUUCUGAUGUAACUAAGAAUUAUACUGAAAAUGCUUAAAGUUAUUAAUCUUUAUUAUAAUUGAGUUUAAAGGAGACUAAGUAUGUAAUAUAGAUUACAUAAAAAUUAAAUAUAAUUUCAUUAACUCGAUAAUUAACAAAUAUUUGUGGAAAUGUUUGGAAUAGAUCUUUACUCAAUUAGAGAGCAGAAAGAAAUGAAAUGUUAUUAAUGCAUGAGUUUUUUUCAAGAGGAUUUCUAUUACCAGAUAAAAUGAGUAAGAUUAAUUUAUCAGAUGAAGAAAGAGAUCAAUAGUAAAAAGAAUAAGAAACUAAAAAGACAUAUGGUGGUGGAUUAGUAUUUGAACCAAAAGCAGAUAUAUAUACUUAAUUUGUUUUACUUUUAGAUUUCAAUUCAUUAUAUCCUUCUAUUAUUAUGGAAUAUAAUAUUUGUUUUACUACUGUUUAAAGAGAUAAAAUUAGUUUUGAAGUUGAUAAAACUUAAAUAGAAGAAGAGACAAUCUAAACUAAAUCUUAGAAAUCUAAAAAGAAUAAGAAGAAGAAUAAUUAAAUUGAAGAAGAGAAUGAUUAAACAGAAAAUCAUAAAGAUUAUAUAGGUUAAGUUGAUCCAGAUGCAGGAAGUGGAAUUUUACCUUAAAUAAUUGAGAAAUUAGUUAAUAUGAGAAAAUAAGCUAAAAAAGAGAUGAGUAGAUCUACUGGAUUAAUGAAAUAGAUUUAUAAUAUUAAAUAAUUGGCAGUUAAAUUAGUUGCUAAUUCAAUUUAUGGAUGUUUGGGAUUUAGUAGUUCUAGAUUUUAUGCAAUUGGAAUAGCAUCAUUAAUUACUCAGAAAGGUAGAUAAAUACUUAUGGAUUCAAAGAAUACUGUAGAGAGAAGUAAUGAUGUAAUAUAUGGUGAUACAGAUUCAAUGAUGAUUUGUGCUAGAUAAGAGAAGAAUUUAUAAGAGAUAUUAUUAUUAGGUAAUCAAAUUGCUAAAGAAAUAAAUAAGAAAUAUAAAAAAUUAGUUUUAGCUAUUGAUGGUGUAUUUGAAACACUUUUAUUAAUGAAAAAGAAAAAAUAUGCAGGAAUUAAAAUUGAUAAUCUUGAAGAAUUAAUGACAGGAUAAACUGAAAAACCAGUAUUUAAAAGAGAAAUUAAAGGUAUUGAUCUUGUAAGAAGAGAAUAUUCUGAUAUUUCUAAGAAAAUUUAAUCUCAUGUCUUAGAUAUAUUAUUGGAAACUAAAAAUAGAGAUGAAAUACAUGGAGAUUUAAUUACUUUAAUGCAAGAAAUAAGAUAAAUAUUUGAUAUUUUAAGUGGUAAAUCAAAUUAGGAUUUAAAAUAAUUAAUUACAUAAAAUAAGUUUAUUAAAUAUGAAAUACAAACUUCAGAUUUUAUUAUUGUAAAAUAAUUAAAUAAAGCUCCUCAUGAAUAUGCUGAUUCUAUUAGUGCUCCUCAUGUUUAAGUAGCUUUACGUAUGGUAAAUAAAUAUGGAAGAUCACCCUAAAGUUUAGUCAAUCAUUUUAUUCGAUUUGUUAUUUGUGAUGAUCCAACUUAGAAGAAUUUAUCAUAUAGAGCUUAUACUGUAGAUGAAUUAUUGAGUGAGAAUUUAACCAUUGAUUAUCAUUAUUAUCUCUCAACUUAAAUAUUUGAUCCCAUAGAUCGUCUAUGUAAAAAUAUUUAAGUUGUUUCUAUUUAAGAAUUAGCUCAAAUUUUAGGAAUCACACAUAAACACAAAGAGUAAAAUUAUAUUACUAUUUUAUUAGCAAAGUGAAUACUGAAUUUUUUGAUUUUAAGAUAGAAGAAGAAUUAAAAAAUGAAUUGGAAAUUCUAAAAAAAUUUGAAUUUAAAUGUCCAGUUUGUAAGGAAAUAUAGAAAUAUUCAGAAUAUUUUGAUCCAUUAAAACUAUUUGUUAAAUAAUUGAAUUGUCAAACUAAUAAAUGUUCUUAUAGUCUUGAAAAUUUAAAAUCAAUUUCCAAUUAAACUAAACUAAUGAUCAAAAAGGAUCUUUGUAAUUAAUAUUAUAAAGGAUAUGUUUAUUGCAAGGAUGAAAAUAAUAUUCAUACAAAUUUUUGUAGAAAAGGAGUUUGUUUUGGAGAUUGUUGUGAUAAGCAAAAAAAAAUAAGUCAAAAAAUUGAUGAGGAAACAAUCAAUAUAUAAGUUAAUCUAUUAACAUAGUUUUUAAAUAAAGUCUUAUCAGAAAUUAAUAAAUAAACAACAGCCUUAUAGUAAAACAAAACAAGAGUAUAUUAAUUAUAAGAGGAAUUAUAAUUCAAAUAACCAUUUUGCUUUAUUAGAUUAAAUGACAUAUUUAGAAAACUUAAAAAUUGA